AAUAUCCACAAAAUCGUAGUUAGCGUUAAAAAAAUGUAUGAAGAGAAUAACGAGUAGUAGGCCACUGCUCUCAUCUCCUCUUCUUCGUCUUCUUCGUCGACCUCCCAUCUCUUUAGCGGCGGCUAGGGUUUCUUCAAAACAACCUUAUCUCUCCCCCUUCACUUCUCUCGCUCGCUUCUUCUCCACCAUGUCUGGAGGCAUCGAUUCUCCGCAACCUGACGUAGACUGGCCAGCGAAUAGAGUACGCGAUACCUUCAUCAAGUUCUUCGAAGAGAAGAAACACGUCGAUUGGAAAUCUAGCCCUGUAGUUCCUGUCAACGACCCUACUCUCCUCUUCGCCAAUGCUGGAAUGAAUCAAUUUAAGCCAAUAUUUUUGGGAACCGCGGAUCCAAAUACGGCAUUGAGUAAGCUGUCGCGUGCCUGCAACACGCAGAAAUGUAUACGCGCGGGAGGGAAACAUAAUGAUUUAGAUGAUGUUGGAAAAGAUACAUAUCACCAUACCUUUUUCGAGAUGUUAGGGAAUUGGUCUUUCGGUGAUUAUUUUAAAAAAGAAGCAAUUGAGUGGGCUUGGGAGCUUCUAACUAAGGUUUAUAAGUUACCGGCUGAUAGGAUUUAUGCGACGUAUUUUGGUGGGGAUGAGAAAGCAGGGCUGGCACCUGAUAAUGAAGCUAGGGAUAUUUGGCUUCAAUUUUUGCCACCGGGAAGGGUGCUUCCAUUCGGCUGUAAAGAUAAUUUUUGGGAGAUGGGUGAUACUGGUCCUUGUGGACCGUGUACUGAAAUUCAUUACGAUAGAGUUGGUAAUCGCAAUGCAGCAAUGUUGGUUAACAAUGAUGAUCCUACAUGCAUUGAAAUAUGGAAUCUUGUCUUUAUUCAGUUCAACCGGGAAAGUGAUGGUUCCUUGAAAUCCUUACCUGCUAAGCAUGUUGACACUGGAAUGGGUUUUGAAAGAUUGACUUCUGUACUUCAGAACAAGAUGAGCAAUUAUGACACUGAUGUGUUCAUGCCCAUCUUUGAUGCUAUACGGCAGGCAACAGGGGCACGGCCUUAUUCUGGAAAAGUUGGGGCUGAUGAUGUAGAUGGGGUUGACAUGGCUUACAGGGUGGUUGCUGAUCACAUUAGAACACUCUCAUUUGCUAUUGCUGAUGGUUCUUAUCCAGGCAAUGAGGGUCGUGAGUAUGUCCUCAGGCGUAUUCUUCGCCGUGCUGUUCGAUAUGGUAGUGAGGUCUUGAAAGCUCAAGAAGGAUUUUUCAAUGGGCUUGUAAAUGUUGUUGUGAAAGUGAUGAGUGAUGUUUUCCCAGAGCUGAAACGAAAUGAAGAACACAUUAGGGAGACUAUUGCAGCUGAAGAAGCAAGUUUUGGCAAGACUUUGCUCAAGGGAAUUGAGAAAUUUAAAAAGGCUGCUCAAGAGGUUGAGGGGAAGGUGUUGAGUGGGCAGGAUGCGUUUGUCUUGUGGGAUACAUAUGGCUUCCCAUUAGAUUUGACUCAGUUAAUGGCAGAAGAAAGAGGAUUGCAGGUUGAUGUGGAAGGUUUCAAUAAUGCCAUGGAUGAGGCAAGGGAAAGAUCAAGAAAUGCCCAAAAUAAGCAAGCUGGUGGUGCUAUCGUCAUGGAUGCUGAUGCGACAUCUGCAUUGCACAAGAAGGGUGUUUCUGCAACAGAUGAUUCCUUCAAAUAUAUUAGUUUUGAGGAUCAUGAAAGUGUAAUAAAAGCUAUCUACAAUGGUUCUGAGUUCUUGGAAAGUGCUGCAGCUGCCAAUGAAGUCGGUAUUGUUCUGGAGUCUACUAGUUUCUAUGCUGAGCAAGGUGGACAGAUUUUUGAUACUGGAGUACUUGAAGGCCCUUUUGGUUCAUUCCAAGUUUGCAAUGUCCAAAUUUUUGGAGGAUUUAUUGUUCAUAUUGGUUCUCUUACUGGAGUCAGUGGCAGAUUUUCUGUAGGUGAAAAAGUUACCUGCAAGGUUGACUAUGAUAGGCGUAAGCUCAUUGCUCCUAACCAUACCUGUACGCACAUGUUGAAUUUUGCUCUCAGGGAAGUUCUUGGCAAUCAUGUUGACCAGAAGGGAUCAAUUGUUCUUCCUGAAAAACUAAGAUUUGAUUUUUCUCAUGGUAAACCAGUGGAUCCUGAGCUUUUAAGAAAAAUUGAGUCAAUUGUGAAUGGGCAGAUCAAAGAUGAAUUAGGUGUAUUUGCAAAGGAAGCAACCCUUGCUGAAGCCAAGCAGAUCAAUGGUUUGCGAGCUGUUUUUGGAGAAGUCUAUCCUGAUCCAGUUAGAGUUGUUUCAAUUGGUCGAAAAGUUGAGGACCUCCUAGCUAAUCCAGAAAAUGAAGAAUGGUUAUCUAUCUCAGCAGAACUCUGUGGAGGGACACAUAUAACAAAUACCCGGGAAGCAAAGGCAUUUGCACUUUUAUCUGAGGAGGGAAUUGCAAAAGGAAUUCGAAGGAUAACUGCUGUGACAACUGAUGGUGCUUUUAAAGCAAUGGAAUUGGCAUGCUCGCUAGAGCAGGAAGUUGAUGAGGCAUCUAAGGCAGAUGGAAGUUUGCUGGAAAAGAAAGUAGCAUCUCUUAAAACUCGUGUGGACUCAGCGCUUAUUCCAGCAGCCAAGAAAGCUGAUAUCAGGGCCAAGAUUUCAGUACUACAGAAUAAAGUGAGGAAAGCACAAAAGAAGAUUGCUGAAGAGAACAUGCAGAAGGCUGUUGAGGUUGCAACUGAGAUGGCUGAAGUUGCCUCUUCAGAUGGGAAGGCCUUCUGUAUCUCUCAUGUUGAUGUCGGUCUAGAUGUAGCUGCUGUCCGAGAAGCUGUUUUGAAAGUCUUGGAUCGGAAGGGCAUUUCUGCUAUGGUUUUCAGCACUGAUGAAAGCACAAACAAGGUUGUGGUGUGUGCUGGUGUGCCAGAGAAGCUGGACAAGGGAAAGGGGUUGGAAGUAUCAGAGUGGCUAACUACUGCGUUGGGGCCUCUGAAAGGGAGGUGCGGCAAAGGAAAAGCGGGCCUUGCCACCGGCCAGGGAACUGAUGCAUCGCAUUUGGAUGAGGCCAUGGGUUUGGCAACAACAUUCGCACAGAUGAAGUUGAGAUGAUUGAUUGAUGUUUUUUAAUCUUAUUUGUGUUGCUGCUACGUGAUAUCCCCGCUACUUGUCGACAAACUUAUUCGAGUUACUGAAACGCACACAGAAACAGUGAUUAUACAGUUGCUGGUACAAGCAGCUAGGUAAUUGAAGACAAUUCAUUGCUGGGUAUAACUGUUAAUUUAUAGAAAAUGAUACUGAUUUUUCCAGUCCUUUUUGCCUACCUUUUGUUUUCUUCUUGGAAAUUCGUGCACAAGAAUAUCAUUAUUCUUUGUCUGUAACAAAAGUUCGGCUCACAUCGCUAAGGACUUCAGUCAUAGGCCAGCUCAUAAAAUCUGCAACUUUAAUCCGUUGUCUGA